GGGACAACAGGAUGCUAGUGUGGCGAUAUUGUUUUCUGGAGGAUUAGAUUGUAUUUGUCUUGCUGCGUUAGCAGAUAAAUAUAUUCCACAUGGAGAACCUAUAGACUUAUUAAAUGUGAGUUUUGAGAACCCUAGAAUACAACAAACAUUGUCACGAAAAAAGAAAAAGACGACUGCAGAAAGUGAUAAAAGUAAAUCGAUUUACGAUGUUCCUGAUAGAUUGACUGGUCGGCAAGGUGUUGAAGAAUUGAGGAAAAUUUCACCAAACAGAAUAUGGAAUUUUGUUGAAGUGGAUGUUCCUUAUGAACAAGUUUGUCAAUGUAAAGGUGAAAUUUUAGAAUUAAUGUCACCAUCAGAUACAAUUAUGGAUCUGAGCAUAGCAAUGGCUUUUUGGUUCGCUGUAAGAGGCAAUGGUCAAAUUUCAUGUCCUGAUGGUUCAGAGGAAAUGAUAAAAUUUGAAAGCAAAGCAAGAGUAAUACUCAUUGGAGUAGGUGCAGACGAGUUACUUGCUGGAUAUUCACGUCACCGUGAAGCGUUUACAAAAGGUAGUUGGGAAAGAUUGAUUCAAGAGGCAAGUGCAAUUCCCACAUAUGUACAAUUGGACGUAGAUAGAAUAUCGACAAGGAAUCUAGGUCGGGAUGAUCGUGUAAUCACAUCACAUUCCAAAGAAUCUAGGUUUCCUUAUCUUUCUACCAAUGUUGUUUCAUUUCUUUGUUCAUUACCAAUACACAUUAAAGCUGAUAUGAGGUUUCCAAGAGGCACGGGUGAAAAACUACUGUUGCGGCACGUUGCAAGAAAAUUAGGGUUAAUCAAUGCUAGUAUGCUUUGGAAGAGAGCUAUACAAUUUGGGGCCAAAACUGCAAGGAUGACCAAUGAAAAGAGAGACAAAAAGGGGGAUAUGAAAGUUGAAUAUGAAUGA